AUGGCUGACUUAAAUGUAAAACCUAAAACUAAGAAAACUCUGGAAGUACCAGCACAGUCACAGGGUGAUAGAGCACCAAGUGGGCUCUUGGUGUCUCCGAUUCCAGAACUUGACACUUGGAUGGUUGACUAUGCUAGAAUCAGAGCAACUCCUCAAGUUACAUUCAAUAUAGAAACUCUGACAGUUAUUCUGCUGGUUUCAUUUGAAGGUUUUAUUAAGUCGAUACCACAUAGCUUUUCAUCAUUGGAUCAGCUAAUGACAAAAGAUUUUGCCUCAAGGGAGAACUUUGUAUUAAAGGCACUGCGACAUCAGAACUCUGCUCCCCACAUUCUGGCCACUGUAGCUCCAGCUGUGGCUCAAAGAGGCCCAGGCACAGCUUGGGCCAUGGCUUUAGAGGUGGCAAGCUGUAAGUCUUGGCAGCUACCAUCUGGUGUUAAGCCUAUGGGUGCACAGUGUGCAAGAGUAAAUGAGGCGUGGCACCCUCCAUCAGAUUUCAGAGAACAUGUGGAAAAGUCUGGGUGCCCAGUAAUUACUGAGGAGGAGGAGGAGGAGGAGGAGGAGGAAAUCUCAUGGUUCCAGCCUCAUUAUCCUCCCUUUGUAAUAGUGGUAAUAAUUGGCCCUACACAGAAUCCCAAGAAAAUCAAAAGGCAUUCAGGGAUUUCUGCUCACCUGGAGAAGGGAUGGAAAUACUUCAACAAGCCAUGGAAGGAAGUUCGCCUGCAUAAGACAACAUGGUUGAGGUCUGAGAUUUUACGUGGAGUUAUUCAAGAGUUGCUUUAUAAUAAAAAAAAAAAAAAAAAAGACACAAAUUUAACUUCUGAGGACAAAAGUUUUCAUGAGACCCUUGAACAGCAGCUACUCAUAACUGAACUGACAUGGCUCUUAGUUCCUAGGCAGGAGAGGGAGAUACCUUCACUGCUAGAGCUGGAGAAAGCGGACCUUCUGGAAUCCAUGCCACUCUCAGAGGAUUUUGUGUGGAUGAGGGCUCUGCUACAGCAAGAAGUGGAGGAGGAGCUCAAGAAGAAAUGUUUCACUCUGCUCUGGUACUAUGAUCCCAAUUCAGAUGCCGACAGUGAAACCGUGAAGGCAGCAAACAUGUGGAAACUUGCAGAGGUCCUAGUGGGUAGGAAGCAGCAGUGCCAGGAUACCAAGAGCCAGCAAAAGGAGCAGAUGGUGCUGCUGGAGAAGAAGAGUGCCACCUACUUCCAGGUGCUUCUCCGCUCCCUCACUUUGCUGCAGAGGCUUCUUCAGGAAUACCGGCUGAAGACUCACUCCGAGUUAGACCACAUCAAUGCCCAGUACCUGGAAGUCAAGUGUGGUGCUAUGAUACUUAAGCUGAGGAUGGAAGAGUUAAAGAUUUUUCAACACACUGCUGAGAAAGUGGAAGUUCCUUGUCUGCUUAGGGACCGUUUGGAGGGAGCCAUUCACCUACAGGAGCAGCACAUGGAGAAGUCAAGACAGGUCCUGAACUCUUAUGAAAUACUUGGAGAGGAGUUUGACAGACUGGUGAAAGAGUCCACCCUACUCAAGCAGGCAACUGAGAAGCGGUGGCCCGUCCAGGAGUUCGACGAGGCCUACUGUUGAGCUCUGGCAGGGCCAGGAAAUAUGGCUUCUGCACAGCUGCUGCCUCCUAAUCUUCCUGCUAGUAAGACCAC